UUCCCGUCAGUCUGAAAGCGAUAUUCGAAGCGAGCGGACGCAAUUCCGGCUUUCUGAAUUUGUACACAAACAACGAAAAAAGUAAAAGAAUAUAAAGUCACGUUAUAUGCGUGUCCAGAAGAUAACCGCGGAGAGAUUCUAUUCUAGUGUAAAACAAUUCUACUAUCAAUUACAACAACAAUCAAUUAGAGGAGAAUUUGUUGUUUUAUUCUUCUAUCGGAUUAAUCCCCGAUAGCCGUUAUUAACAACCGAAGAACGGGAAGAACAAACGGAGUUAGAUAGUGAUUUAACAGUAUUCAACGCGAAAACUCGCGCCCUGUUAUUAGUUGGGUGAGGAGUCAUUUCUUCCGUUCCUUCUGUUUCCCCACUAGAAGCAAGUGUUCCGUAAUUGAAAAAUCGAUUUACGGUUAAAAAGUGAAAAUUACAUUCUUUCGAUCGGAGAAAAAACAGCAAUUUUCGCUGAAAGCUAAAGGCAAAAAUUUUGCUAAUGUUAAACCGUCCCUAGUAUAGUAGGCCGGUUGUUAUCCAAAUCCAGGAAAACUUCCCACUGGCAACGGUUGCCAUUUGAGCUCUCGUUGAGGUGGAAGAUAAGUCAGUGCACGAGCAGAUUCCAGGCGCACAAAACCGGGCGCAAACAGACAACCCCAGUCGAGUCGAAGCACAGGCGAACGUCAGCAAGUUGGCUUACUUGUUGGCUAUAGUGGACUACGAAGAGUUGCGGCGGCGCAUUCCGAGGCGCACACGACGAGAGGCCAAGUGGAGGCAAAACUAACGUGAUGAAGUACAAAUCGCUACUGCUGCUUUGCAGCCUGUGGCUAAUCGGACCGGCAGUGGGUUUGCCAAAUCGGGAACCAAUCUUCAGAAAUAAUCCCCUGGAGGUAACGGAAGAGCUCAUCCCAACCACCAACGCUCCGCCACCGGUGGAUGAAGAACAUCACACGACGACCGGAGCGAGCAGUACUGCCGCGCCUACAGCAGCGGCACCGUCCUCUCCGUCUUCCCCGACAGUGGUGACCCCUACGAGUCCAGCUCCGUCGACGGCGACGCCAGUGAAGGAGGAAAAUGGCAGUCCACCGUUCAAACGUCCGGAGGGAUCACUGAAAAGCAAACUGGCAUCCACAGGCUACGUAGUAGCGACGAGUACGAAAAUUCUAACCAGUGCCGGAAUUCAACAAUACCCGAAGGCACCGAUAAUCAGCGAAGGCAAAGCGAACGAUCAUGUCGUGAAGUACGAGAAGUUUGUUGGUCAUACCGGCGUUGCUGAGCCGGUCCCUCUAGAUGACUAUCACAAGGAGCUGAUCAAACCGACCGAAAGAAUUCAUGUGCGUCAACAGACAACCACCCCGCGGGAAGGCUUAUCUACGUGGGUUUUACUAAGUGGAAGCAAUUCGGUAACAUCAACCGAAUCGAAGAAGGAAAUUCUCAACAGCACCAAGAGACCAUUCACGACGACGACGGCGACAACAAAACGUCCUGCAACCACCAGUGGUCGUAAGCCAGUAACAACACCUCGUCGCCGAACGACCAGCAGCACCCGAACGACGUCAAUUUUGUCCGACGAGAAGAAGGAAAAGAUCAACAAGUUUAUAACCCGCAUCAAGGCAAGCUCGCUGCAGGACGCAUCCAAGCCCAAGGUGGAAGACGUCAGUCUAAUCACCAAAAAGACGAAAAAACCCUUGCCAACCGCAGCAACUACCACGACAGCGGUCCCAACAACAACUACCGCAGCAACGACAACAACCACUGAACUAUCAAUCAACGAAUCAGCCAGUGUCGCUCCGGAAGAAAACCCAGAAGACAAUGCCGUAGAGACUUCAACUUUCCUCAUUCUAGAACCGAAGGACGCCAUGUUUGACCUGCCGGAAGAUCGUUCUCCGACCAAGGUUGGGAAGAAAAAACCCACCCGAAAGACCACCACUUCCACCAAGAAGAAACCCAUCAAGAAGAAAGGAGACGAUGGGCUGAGUAAACCGGGCGAGAAGAAGCCUCCUAGCAAGAGUAAACCCGUUACGACACAGAUCAUGAACUUCCUGUCACGCGAGGUGAUGCCAACGGUAGGAGUCGGUCUGGUAGGAUUGGUCAUCACAGCCGGUUUGGCAUCGUACUUCCUUGGUAGCCCACUAACGGCUGCCCUCCGUCGGUCGGAUGAAACGAACCGCAAGGAUGAUGUUUACUUCUCGAACUACGAAGACUACGCAACAACCGACGGUCAGAACGAGGAAGAAGUGUUCGGCAAACUAAUCGCCGGCAUGCCGGAAAGAUCCUACUAUCGCAACAACAUCCGCCGGCGAAUCAGUCAACCGACACGAACUGGCCACCAGUAUGGAAAUUACCACGUUCAAAGCUAUUCCGCCAAUAAAUACCCCCACAUUAACUACCGCACCAGACCGGCCUACGCUGGAACGCCGGAAAUGUACGCCAUGUACAACCGUAACGUUCAAGCCAAAUCGCACAACGAGUUUUUCUACAACACCCCACCGAGCUACCAAGCGAAGAUGAGCUCCCCUCUAUACACACCAUCCGAGGGUCCAGUUUACACCACAACAACAACAACAACAACCACAACGCAAACUCCUCCUCUAACAACCGCCGCCGAAUCCGCGCCAUCCUCGAUGGAAGGUAUGGAUGAUACGGACGGUUCCGAGCACGAAAUGCUCCCGAACCCGGCUGCAUACACUGGGGCUGAACAUCGACCGGAACACCAUGCCCAGUACGUAGUGGGAAGUGUCUACCGUCAGCCGGAUAACAGCAUGUUGGACAUUAUCACUUCAGCGCCAGUUCCCGAACACGGACCACGACGUCGGAAGCGUGAGCUCAGCGUCGGUCGUACCGACGAAAACGACAUGGACAAUGAAAUCCCCGGUAGCGAGAACAAGAAACCCGCAACGGAAACCUCUGCCGAGGUAACCUUCGACGAACAGAAUAAACCUGACACCAGUUCCUCCACUCCGUCCGGGGAGAGUGGCCCGAUAACGUGGUCCGAGUUGAUUCGUAACACCGUCGAAAUGAAGAUGGUGUUGGGCAUCAGGCUGCUCCAGCAGAUGACCUCCCAGUUUCAGAGAUAUCUGAACGGAGUUCAGCACCGCGUUGAUGGUGUCUUCAAUCAGACUGCGGUUCGCCAGUGAGCGACGACGAACCUUUCCCGAUGUUUUUGUUUUAGUUUUGUUUUUUAUAUCCUCCACCUGGUAUUAAUCACAGCCACACCCGAGCGCAGCACACACAAACGGGGGUCAUGAGCUCGAGGAUUGAAUUCUCGUUCACACGGGAGGGAGACCCAAAAACCGGUACCUACCUGCUACUAAUCUCCGUCCGUUAGAUGAUGAUGCCCACCGAAUGAGAAUCCGCUCCUCAGCUUGUAUCUGGGUUUUUAGUGGAACGAUCUCCCCCUAGGCUGCCACUGAACCGGAAAGGAGGCUGCUGGGAGUCAUUAUGGCACACAAUUACUACUGUCACUCGUUUGCCCAGUUUUUCUCUGCACCGAGCUUUUAUUUUUUCUUUACCCUGUAUGAAACAACAAUAGAAAAACAGUUUUAGAUUGCAGGUUAAGUGAAUCACAACUCGAUGGGGAUCCUGAUUUCGGCAUUGUUGUACAUACCCGUAGUACGUGGUAUUUUUUAACUUUUUACUUUAUUACUUGACUUAAGCGCUAAACUAAACGAUUCUGUGUUUUUUAUCGUCUCAGAAAUAAAUUAUUUAUUUAAAUACAUAUACUUUCUUAGGUGGUAAAUUUUACUGCAAUAAAUAAACGAAUAAAUUAGAGGAAAUA